UACACGGAGUUAUGUUGUAAUUUGUUACGAGCCAUCUAUACGUGUCAUAGAUCAUUUUAGGUCCGUCAACGCACACGAAACAAUCGUAGUUUAUACCGUACAAAUCAGUGGUGUGUAUUCGCGAAGGCCUUUAAUCAAUAGCAGGCAGGACAAAGUUUUCAAGAUAUUCGUUCGUCAAAUUUGCCAAAAAAAAAAAAAAAAUGUGUGACAACGGGUCCGUGACGAAAAAUAACGUAAAAGAUCCGAAUUUCGGAACCAAACUCGUACACGCCGGGCACAACCCCGCAGAGUGGACUUACAACGAUGUCGUACCACCGAUUGCAAUGAGCACGAUAUUCAAUUCAAGAUCGCCGGGAGUAAUCGAAGGUUUCGAGUACACGAGAUGCGGCAACCCAAUCCGGUCGGUGUUGGAGAAAUGUCUGAUAGCGCUGGACCACGCCGAGUACGCGCUGGCCUACAGCUCCGGCAUGGCGGCCAUCUCGUCCAUGGUCAACCUGUUGGCGCCCGGCGACCACAUGUUGUGCAGCUCCGACGUGUACGGCGGCACGUACCGGCUACUGAACAAGAUGGCCAAGCACGCGGGCAUCUUGUUCGACUUUGUCGACUUUUCCGACAUGGCGACCAUCGUCAAAAGUAUAAGACCCAACACGAAGCUCGUUUGGUUCGAGAGUCUGUCGAAUCCUUUAAUGAUCGUGUUGGAUGUACAAAAAGUGUCUGAAGUCGUUCACAGGACUCGAGCAGACAUUAUAGUGGCCGUUGAUAAUUCAUUCGUGACCCCCUAUUUUCAGAGACCGUUGGAUCUUGGCGUAGAUGUAAUAAUGUAUUCGUUGAGUAAAUAUAUGAACGGACAUUCAGAUAUAAUUAUGGGGGCACUGGUUACCAACAACAAGGAUUUAUAUGAUAAAUUAUACGUUUUUCAAUACACGUCCGGAAACGUACCGUCGUCGUUCGACUGUUACAUGGUGAACCGCGGGCUGAAGACGCUGCACGUGCGCAUGGAACGGCACAUGAAGAACGCCACGGCGGUGGCCGGGUACUUGGAAUCGCACCAGAAAGUGCUCAGAGUGAACUACACGGGCCUGGCCAGUCAUCGGCAACGCGAAAUCAUCGAAAAACAGUUUACCGGCCACAACGGCAUAGUGUCGUUCUACGUCAACGGCGGCAUCGGAGUGAGCACAAAGCUGUUGGAAUCGCUCAAGCUGUUCUGCAUCACGUGCAGUCUGGGCUGCUACGAAAGCUUGGCCGCUCUACCUUGUAAAAUGACGCACGCUUCGCUCACGGACGAAGAAAGGCAAUCAACAGGCAUUCACGAUAAUCUCAUACGAUUGUCCAUUGGUUUGGAAUACUACCAGGACUUGAUCGACGACUUAGAACAAGCAAUUCAAGCAAGCGGAGCCGAAGAUAAAUGUUAACGAAUAAAACCAAAUUAUUAAUAGAUAUUUUAAAAUAUAAUAUAAAAAUAAUAAUAAUUAUAUUAACCAAUUAACAUUAAUGUAAUUUGACACAAAUAAAAUACUAUUUUAAACUAAAA